AUGUCCUGGUGGCUAGAACACUGUCUCUGGGGCUACUUUCAGCUCCUAGGCUUGGCCUGCGGCUGGAAUGGCAACCGCCUGGGUCGCCUCUUCGGAAGCUGCUUCCUCCUGAUGGUGAUGACUGAACUGGCCAACCAGAUACGAAAAUUCGUUCGUGGCAAAGAAACUUAUGGAAAGGUAUUAGCCUUCUACUUCGUACAAAGCAUUCAAAGCAUCAGUGUAGCAUACAGGGUGCUCCACUUGGGCAUAGCCUUUGGGGCGAUGGUCGAGUGCCGACGAAGUUGUCGUCUCUUGGAGGAGCUGCCGGCAGUGCGGUCCAGCCGCUUUUUCUACAGACAGUUCGGCCUGGAAAUCCUGCUGAUCUUCUACAUCCUUCUUGUGAGCUACUUGUCCGCGGCGUGGAGUGGAAUGUACUUAGAGAACCUCCGGUACGCCUAUAGCACCCAAGCGGUUCGAGGCCGCUAUCUGCAAAUGCAGCUUCUGGUUGAGCGCCUAGACUACCAGAUGGACCUUCUGCUGGUCAAGGCUCAGAAAGGCGACCUGGUAGAUUAUCAGGUCCUGAGGGCCGAGUACGCCCGCCUGGCCAGGCUAUCGCGGAGUGUCACCCAGCUCUACGGCUUCUCCUUGCUCCUCCUGAAUGUCUUGUGCACCGGCGACUGUCUCAUUGUGUGCAACGUCUACUUUAUGGGCGACUAUCUGGAGCAGAUGCCCGGAAACUGGCUUCUUUUUGCCAUGGCCAGUUACGUGGUCCUACCCACUAUCUACAAGCUAUCAACUUUGUGUGCCGCCUGCCACCGAUGUGUGGGAAAGUCAAAACUCCUGCAUAUUCUGCUCAAGGAUCGAUCAGGACACACGCAUAACGAGAGAGUCCAGAUCGAGGAGUUUGCCAUGCAGAUCAUGCAGGAUCCCAUAGAGUUCGAAAUAUGUGGUAUCUACCACCUGAAUCUCCAGACCUUGGCCGGGGUAUUCUUCUUCAUGCUAGAGGCCCUGGUCAUUUUCAUGCAGUUCGUGUCCCUUAUCAAGCCGGCAACUAACGGCUAAUAAAUCAAAUAUCAGGU